AUGACUGGGCAAGAGAAUCUUGCGGGAAGAAUCUGGUCGAUGAGCCAUGAACAAGAAAUCUCGCUUAAACGGGUCUGGGCUAUGCUCCUCAAGUUUUACGGGUAUGAGCUUCAGUUUAGUCUAGGCGAAAUCAAGUCACCCCGAACCUUCUGCUCUUCAUCAAAUCUACACUCUGAAGCAUCAAGUCCUACAAUGGCAAAUUCUUCUACACAUCUGCGAUCAGGGAGUACUCAAUCGUGGCAAGAAUUGUUUAAUGUGAAGCUUUUAAAUGAGAAAGUGAGGUCUAAUUACGUAUACCUCAAAUCAGGAGGCUUGAAUAACGAGACGUUUGACGCAUUUUCCGUAUCUACGAGGGAUGAAAGUGCUACUCAUAUGGGUUAUCUUCCGGAGGAAAUCCAUAGAAGCAUGUGGUCCUUGUGCAGAAACGACAGUCUCGAUAACUUCAUUCUUAAAUUCAUUCGAAUGAGUAAAUGUGAUGUAGAAACAUCUUUCAAAUGGUUACUAGAUACCUUAGACAAAAGAAUUAACAAAUAUCUGACAGAAGAUUUAGUGAAUCGAGGCGAUGCAUUCUAUUUCUUCCGUAAGGACAAACCGGAGUUGGUCCAAGCAUUAAAGAAGAACAUUAUGUUUAUGCAUGGUGAAGGCAAAAACGGGAAACCUUUAAUUAUUAUCCGAGUUAAAGAGCAUAUUCGGGGACAUUGCUCUGAUGAAGAUUUUCAAACCUUGGUUCUCAUGACAAUUGAGUGGAGUCGACUAAGACUACUGGAGUUCAAAAACGGCAUCGACCAAUGCUACCAUUUAUUUGAUGUCAGUGAUUUUUCGUUCAGAAACGCUGACUAUAAUGGCAUCCGGUUCAUAAUCAAGGCUUUUCAAACAUCCUACCCUGACUCUGUCGAGCUAAUCUUCAUUCAUAACGCACCAAAAGUUUUUACAAUUAUGUGGAAUGUUAUCAAACGAUGGAUUAAAGCUGAAGUCCGAGAGAAAAUUAUAUUUACCUUUGGUCCUGAUGAUUUAAGACCAUUCAUCGAUGACAGAUAUAUUCCUAGAAGCCUAGGUGGCGAUGGCUUGAAUUUUACUCCGUAUGUUGAGCCCGACGAAGGAAAUUACAGAUGCAAAGAGCCAGAUGAGAUGCUAGAUCGCAUCGCAAAGCAACGUGAAAACUUAACAAUCAAAUAUCUAGAGUCAACUAUCCGGUGGGUUGAGGCCUCCUCCCCAACGGAAUCACGAAAGCAUCUCAAUGAGAAAAUUAAGCUUUCAAGAGCCAUGGCAGAGAAUUAUGUCUUAAUUGACCCAUAUAUUCGCCAACGAGGCGUCUUGGAUCGAAACGGGGAGCUUGUGCAUAUUUCAAUCUGA